GAAAUCAGUGCACGGUCCAUGGAAGCCGCAUUGUGUAGAUGGUAGCCUACUUAGUAACCUAAUAGAAUUACAUUGUUGAAAACACGGCACUGUACAUCUUCAGAGCUGUAUGAACUAUAUAUCAGACAAGCAAGAAACACUAUUUGUAUUUUGUUAGAUCAUCAGUGAUUAUUGAAUAAUGCCUUUGAGGACCGGACUUUUUCUUCUAAUGGUGCUGAUUGCAUCUGCAUAUGAACUGGAUCAGAACGAGUCGUAUUCACCCAGAAGAGCCCGCUUUUCAGCAAAUACCCCUUCUGAUGUGGCACGCUGUCUGAACAGUGCCCUCCAAGUAGGCUGUGGAGCUUUCGCCUGCCUGGAGAACUCCACGUGUGACACAGAUGGCAUGCACGACAUCUGCAAGUCCUUUCUCUACAGUGCAGCUAAAUUUGACACUCAGGGCAAAGCCUUUGUUAAAGAGAGCCUCAAGUGCAUUGCCAACGGCAUCACCUCAAAGGUGUUCCCCACCAUCCGCCGCUGCUCCACCUUCCAAAGAAUGAUCUCAGAGGUUCAGGAGGAGUGCUACAGCAAGCUAGAUAUCUGCACUAUCGCCCGCAUCAACCCAGAUGCCAUUGGAGAGGUGGCACAGCUCCCAAGCCACUUCCCCAACAGGUUUUACGGUAAGCUCCUCCAGAGCCUGAUGGACUGUGAUGAGGAGACUGUGGACCUGGUGAGGGCCAGUAUGGUGUCCAGGCUUGGCCCAGAGAUGACUAUUCUCUUCCAGCUGCUGCAGAACAAGCCCUGCCCCUCGGCUGCUGCUGCUAUUGCUGCUGCCAUUCCAACUGGAGUGGAGGGCCGUGGGAGCUUGCAGUGGUCCAUGGGUCCACACAUGUAUAAGAUCCAGCCUGGUCUACGCAACAGAGACUCUGCCAGCCAUUUAGGCAAGAAGCGUGCCACUGGUGACAGCUCCUAACUCCCACUCAGAUCCGGAAACUACACACACCCCUCAAAAACAUAAACAAGCUAACAGUGGUCUCUUCACUUGGGUAUUUAAGAAUCAUUCCUCUCCAGACUGGAAAAUAACAUGCACCUCUAAGAGAAUAGCCAAUGUGUUUCAAGUAUGUUUAACAUCAAAGUUUGAGUUGUUGUGUGAGGUACCUUAGGUUUGAGAGGAUCCCCUCCCCUAAACUAUUUCCUAAUUCUUAUCACUCACACUGUUUGUUCAUUGAACAUGUUGUUAUUGUAGCACCACAACUUGGCCCUGUUCAUUCCUGUUCACCUCCCAUACUUGAUAUAGUAUCAUCUGAGAGCCAAGUAUCAUCUGAGAGCCUAGUGAGGAUGAUGUCCCUCUAAGUUUUCUGUCUAGGAUUUCAAGCAUAAACCUGCAGGUAUGGUUCAUAUCUAUAGAGCACAAGUGUUUCCAAAUAAUUUCAGUUGCAAUAUUCAAAUGUGCAUCCAUUAGUAGAAUAUCAAUUGAUAAGUCAACAAUAUCUUCAUCAAUAGAUCAUUAUUAAUAGACGUUUCAUACAGUUUAUGUGAGAUAUUUCUAUAUUAUGAGAUUAGUCAAAUGAGUGUGCUAUAUAAAUCAGUGUCAUGUAGUCACUGACACAAACAGGAUUUAUUUAUUUAUUAAUUAUUAGUCUCAGAUGGCCACAGCUAGCUCUGUGAGAGAGGCGUGUCCCUCAGAUGAGAGCAAUCCUAAUCAACUUUGCGCAGGAAGCUACUUUAGACCGACCAAAUAACUUGAAACCACCCAAAAUGUUAUUCAAACCAGACUUAAAUGUGGUGGAAGGUGUUUAGCUAACGCCAAAUACCAGAGAAUAUAGCAUUGUUUAGAUACAACUACAUAUGUUCUGUCCUGAAACACUCAGUUCACAAUAAGUACGGACCAGCAGUGUAACUUAUGAGCAGGUGACCCCCUGAGAUUGAUAGAGGUCACCCCCUUGGACUGAUGAACAAUAUUCUCCCUGGUGAAUAUGACACAGAGGGGUUGGAUCAUACACACUGACUUCCAGUGUUGAUAAUGACUAUUUAAAAGCCUUGUUGGUAUAACAUUGAUAUUUAUUUUCCUACUAUAUUUAACUUGUUAUUUUAUGAUGUUGCUGUAGUUUUAGUUACAGAUAUACAAUUUUAAAGUGCAGUUUGGUCAUGGCUCCUAUUUCAAUGGGGGCUCAUGAUCAAAUACUAUAGUAUCUGCCACUCUCCACACUUUCCCCUCUGUUGACUGAAUAGGACUCAUGGUAUGACUCUGUGCUGGACAUAGGGAACAACAUUGUCACUUAUGUACUGUUGCAAGGGGACUUUGUGUUUAUUUUCCAAACCCAGUUAAUAAUGUUAUAAAGGUAGAGAGAAAGUGUGGUCAAGCCAUUCAUUGUACAUUUAACAAACAGCUAAACUUGAAGACGGAACUGCAAAGUAUUUGCUGAAUCUAUUCUUAACAUCAUGCAAAAUAAUGUAUCUCUCAGAAAGCUUACCCUAGUGACAUAACUCCAUUAGUGCUUCAACAGGGGGAGAUUAAUUCAUAAGAUGUUGAGCAGUGUAUUCUCACAGUGCACAUGCCUGGCUGAGGGAGAUGUACAAUAGGGGGAGAUUAAUUCAUAAGAUGUUGAGCAGUGUAUUCUCACAGUGCACAUGCCUGGCUGAGGGAGAUGUACAAUAGGGGGAGAUUAAUUCAUAAGAUGUUGAGCAGUGUAUUCUCACAGUGCACAUGCCUGGCUGAGGGAGAUGUACAAUAGGGGGAGAUUAAUUCAUAAGAUGUUGAGCAGUGUAUUCUCACAGUGCACAUGCCUGGCUGAGGGAGACGUACAACAGGGGGAGAUUAAUUCAUAAGAUGUUGAGCAGUGUAUUCUCACAGUGCACAUGCCUGGCUGAGGGAGAUGUACAAUAGGGGGAAAGAUCAUUAAAGAGAUGGUGAUGGUUUUACAAUACAAAAUCAUUUGAAAUGUUAAGAACUCACAAACCUAUGCAAUAAUCUGUCAUAUGGAGGAUUCACAGUAACACACAAACAUGCCCUUUGUCACAAACAAAGCCAGCUGAUGCUGAAUAUAUGUGGCAGCAGCUUAUUUGCUCCCAUACUUAUAGUGAAGUAGCAGACAACGUGCCCCUGGACUCCCCCUUUCUGUUGCUGACUUUGUUGCUGUGGUCUCUGUUGUAUUGUUUUUUUGUUUAGUAUUUUUCUUGGGAUAUAAUAUCUUGCUUUUAGUAGCAAUAUUGUGUAUAUUCAAAAUAAAAAAGUAAGGAAAAAAAAUCCCUCAGAAAUGUUAAGACUGUAUUACUUAUGUUACAUGUGCACUUUGCAUCUCUUAUGACCACUAAAGGGCCACUGAAUCGUUCAACACUUGUGAUGGGUCCUUUCUGUACUGUUAAUAUCUCUGUCUGUAAUAGCUGGACAAAUCCAGAACAGUUGCUGCUAAAGAAUAGCUUGCUCCCUUGUAUGAUGGAUUAUAAUUUCCCCUAAAACAUUUACUUGGAUACAUUUGGUAAAAACCCAUUCACAGAACCUAGCAUCAAUCUGUAAACUUGCAUUUUACCAUUUACAUUCAGUUUGGCACUUCUUCUGGAAUUUGUACAUUUCUUUGAAUGUUGCUUGCAGUGAAUAUAUGCCAAUGGUGUUCUGUUUAUUUCCUCUCCCUUGAGACUAUGCUUAUACAUCCAAGUUCUGGGUAACUUCAGAGAAUGUAUCUUAUAUUGAAUGUCUGUUCUGAUGAGGAUGUGCCCAAACCUAGAUGGUUCAUUAACGUAUUUUAGAAUGUGUGUUUCGUUUAAAGGUGGUGUAUGAAAGUCUGAGAAUUAAAUUAAAUUAACAGACUUACAAGUCA